UUCACCGUCUAUGAUAUCGCUACACCCUUACUUCAGCAUAACGUAGGUGAGCAGGGUUCACUUAAAAAUAGCCUCAGACUAUGCGAAUUUUGGUGAUUUCACGUUGUUGUUUUGCAGACGUACGAAGUUGUAAACGCUCGUGCUGAGCUAUUGUUCUGCUCACCAGAUCUUUUGUUUUGUAACCUCCUCGUCGUCGUCGCCCUCGCGUGGUUUGCUUAAGGUCCCUUUUAAGUAAGUACUACAAUGUCAAUCCUUUAACUCUGAAGAUCUGAUUGUUAACCCUUUACAUCCUAAUACCAGUAUGCAUGUUCUCUAUCCUUUGUAUCAUACAUUUCUUAAGAUGCUUACAAUGAGAAUUUGUCUAACAAUUGAGAGUUUCUUUAGUUGAUGAUCAUUUCCUUUAUUCUUGUGACCACCAUGUAUGAUUCAGGGGAGAUAUUGCAAGAAGAAAUUAGAUGUUAGUCACUUCAAGAGGUAAAAGGGUUAAUUUUCCGCUCUAUCUGCUACACAUUUUCUUGUAGAUUGAUUUCGAGAAUUUAAUUUUAGAUCAAGGUAACAACUUCGACCUGAAUUAACUCGCUAAGAGAGUCAAAUGUGUAAAGCAUACGUAAGAGUUUGUCCUGUAAAUAUUACUUGACUAACCGAAUUAUAAUCGUUGCGUACAUGUAAACAUUAUUCGAUCCUCUCUUCUAGUACUGUGGUUUGUGUUCUCGAUAACAUCUCGUAAUCAGGCACCGGUGAACUCCUGGACUUGUAUCAGUUGAUGUGAAAGUAUAAAGGUAAGAAGGUAAUGUUUGGAGAUGAAGUGAUUGAGCUAGCAAAUUAACUUUAAAUGAUUUCAAGUCUGAACCCUAGCCCGAAAUGAGAAACAGUUAUAGUGUCGACUGAUCACUUUUCAUACGAACAUAAAUUGAAAUUAUUACUGACAAAGCUUAGUCUUGUUUUCAAAUCUUUGCCAUCAUUUUCAAAUAUGAUGCCACUAUCAAGAUUAUUGAGAGGGAACCACCACGAUUCGUGUUGAUCACAUUUAAUGGAGCCCUCGAAAGGCUUUGAAUGAGGCAAUAAAAUGUUGAAAUAGGAUGUUGUUCAUCUGUUUUAUUUUAGAGCUAUUCCUUUCAAUCGAUCUCUAUUCAUUUAGCAAGAUAAUACACUCGUGAUCUGUAAUUUGAUAUUUAUUUAGAGUAUUCAAUGUAGUUUUUAAGGGGAAUUUUUUCCCAGAAUAAUGAGUAACGUAAUCCACUAUAUGUAACAGAUGAGCAAUUGUUUAAAGAAAUGAGUCGCUAAGAGGGUCAAAUGUGUAAAGCAAACGUAACAGUUUAAAACAUUCCCUGUGUCUUGGUGUAGUUGGUGUUCCAAAAAAACAAACGACACAGUAUGUAUUUUGCGAUGAAUCCGAAAACAAAAUCAUUUCCGCUUGCUUCUGUCAUUGGUUUAUCAUGUGAUACCACUUUCACUUUCGAUCGGGAGUUAAAUAUUCCUUAGUUUAACAUUAUCUUGUGUGAAAACUAAAUUUUUUUUAAAAAUAACUAGAAAUCGUGUAAUGUAAAUAUUACUUGACUCAACGAAUUAUAAUCGUUGCGUACAUGCACUCAUUUUUCAAUCCUCUUUUCUAGUGUUGCGGCUUGUGUUUUUGAGGUAGUAUUGCUGUUAGCGAGAAACAAAUUUGACCUUAUUUCGGUGUCGCGUUUGCUACACUCACCUUACAUUAAUAUGAUUUUACUUAGGCAAAUAAUUCGGUAUUAGUUGAUCAAGCUAAGGUUUAUUCUGAGAUGGAUAGAGAAGACUAUUUAUGUGAGAUCUUUUCUUUCUAUUUUAAAGCUUAUCGAAGACGCUGUCUGGGUACAUUUUGCUGUAGUCUGACCUAGUUCUGUUUUUUUUCUUUCAUGAGACCCUUUUGCUGUAUGAAGACCAUCAAACGGUUUGUUCGUUAUACGGCCCUAUGUCCAGUUUUAAUCCUUUUAUGUCGAUUGUAUAGCCUCAUCGUGGAUGGAGUAAACAUUCACCUUAGCGCCACUGUAAUCAUAAUAUUGGUUGUGACUACUUUAAUUGGUAUGGUAUUUCUGCGUAUUGCUAGGUACCUGGUGGCACGGUGUUUGGUAAGUACACUAGAGGAAGGUGUUCGGGUUUUGGAAAACUGUUAAACAUAAUAAGUUCCAUAGGAAUGAAUUAAUUGUUUUCGCUUUUUUUUAUUUAAAAAAACUGAUUUUUUUUCUGAGCAUCUCUUCUUUGUCAGAACAAAGUGAAGAACGAUGCGCAUAGUUUUUAGAGUUCGGGUUACGUUCUUAUAGGAAUUACGGCAACAGAGGGGGCCAUGAAUACAAAUUCACCCUUUAACUCCCAGUUCAAAUUUGUAAUUCUCCUUACUGUCAACCAUACAAUUCUUAUAAUGUUAGUUUAGAGAAUAUAGUAUUGGAUCAAUUAAUUAUCCCCAAAUUGAUAUUUUUCUUUACUCUCAUCACCUAUCUGGUUGAUAUUGUAUCGAUAUUGUAAGGAGAAAUUCUGUCUUGGUUACUCACGGGAGUUAAAUGGUUAUCUUAGGAGCCAUGGGGGAUCCAGGUGCUGCUAGAGUUUCAGUCAAAAGAAGAGAGAUGUUUUGAACUGAACGAACAACUUUAAUUUUUGCAAGAAUACUAAUAAUCGACAGUCGCUUCAGCGUUGCCUGGCAAUAUACAGAAAAGUAACAUUUGAAGUGCAAUUUAAGUCAUUAAAAGAAGCUGACUUAGCUUCAGUGUGAUGGAAAUCAUAUUUACCAGGAACUUAGAGAUUACCAUCUUUCGGGGAAGGAUACACCCAUGUUCACCCCUACGGGAAACCAUCUUCGGCUCUCGUUUCAGCCCCAUAUUUACAAACAAGUUACAGUUACUAUAGUGACUUUGAAACACAAGGGUCGAUGUAUGUUUUUCCUUGCAGAGACUUUGCUUCCCUGUCACUUGUGGUCACAGAAAGUUAGUUUUCACCGGCAGAAGUUCGGAGACUCUUAAAAACAUCCUAAUGUCAGUGGACAGUGAUGUACCCUCCAGUAGUAAAGUUGAAGAGUUCCAAAAAAGAAACGCUCUACCCUAUCUGGAAGAUUUCAAAAGUUCUCUAGAGAAGUAUGUGGCAACAACAACACCAUUCGAGUAUAUUUUCGUAGGGAGCGUAGAAGAGAGAUUCAGCUUCCCGCUAAUGAUGGUAAAGGAUGCUCGCUGUGUUCGUGGAUUGUGCCCAUCCUAUGACAUUGGCCCUUUAACAUCAGAUCUAGACGUCAUGUUUUUCUGUGGAGAACAUAAAGCUUCAUUUGCAGGUCAAGAAGAUAUCUUCGUCGAGUAUCUUAUUCCCGAGAAUAACGGUUUCACUGGCUAUGCUAAACUCACUCAGCUCACUCCUGGCUUCCAAGAGCGUGUUCUAAGUUCUGAAUUUGUCAUGCGCAGAGCAAGAAAGGCCAUUCUUAAUACGCGUGCUCUCAAUCUACCCAAUAUUAGAGGGUGUUGUGGAUUGAACAUGUGCACUCCAGUAACACUUCAUUCGAAAGGCCCAGCGAUGAAAUUUCGCAUGCUACCUGUUUUCGAAGCUGACAUUACAGUUUCUGUCCAGUGCCCCGAGUGGCCAGCUUUGAGUGACUGGGGCAACCGAGCGAGAUUUUGGCCCAGCAUCGCUGACGUACACAGAAUAAUGUCACUUGGCUGUCAUCUGGUGGCCAAACCAGCACCGAGUGAUAAGAAUAAAACAAGUUGGCGAUUCUCAUUCUCUUUAGCAGAAGUUGAACUCUCAAAACUUGUCCCAGACACAGCAAGGAAAUGCUUCAUGGCUAUGAAAAUAAUCUUGAAAGAUCAUCUUCAACCAGUUUGGUCAGAAAUCACAUCUUACCACUUGAAAACCGUAUUCCUAAAUACUCUGGAAAAGGUUCCAGUGGGUUUCUGGGUUGAGGAUAACAUAGAAGAAUGUUUUAUGACGUUGCUAGCUGAGCUUCGUGAUGCUUUUCAUUCCAGGAAUUGUCGCUUUCAUUGGUUCAAUUCCGUUAAUUUGUUCGAUGGAGUAGGGUCUUCCUUUUGCUUUUUUUCCAACGCCAAACAAUUCCAAAUCUUGGGUAACAAGGUAGAAAGAAUCAUGUGCAACCCUGCGCCAUUCCUUUUUGACGAUGGUUGUUGUUGUCUGUCGCCAUGUUGUCUCCGAGUGCCACAAAACAACUUCACCCGAAGAAGCACUGAGCAGCUGCUUGCUGAGUAUGAAGAAGUUGCCUUUCCUAGUGAUGUCCAAUGUUCCGCUCAAACUCACGAUCCCGUCAGCUAUUCAUUACUUGGUUCCUCGUCUCCCAGGUCUGAAGCUGAGCCUCACCUCAGAAGUCAGUGCACUGAUGAUCAACAACAGUUGAACACAACUGGGCCAGAUCAUGUUGUCAUCUCUCUUCCUCAAAAACACCUUCAUGAGGAGGACCACACUUCCCACACUGGUUGUGAUGAAGACCGAGAGUAUUUGGUUCCCGUUUUAGACGUUUGA